AUGUCUCUCUUCGGUUUCCGCGCCUACCCCACCCCCAUCCUGAAGCCGACCUGGCCCUUCAUGGUCGCCGGCGGCAUCGUCUUCUUUGGCAUCAACAAGCUCCAGACGAUCCUCGUCGCCACCGAGGAGAGCAGGAAGGACCCCAGGAACCCUUACGCCCAGAGCCUGCUCAAGGAGGCCCACUAA